GACCAGCUGGGACGGUGUGUUUGGAAAUAGCAAAUUAAACAAAGUGUUUUCUGGAUAGGGUGAAGCAGCUUGACACGCGCUCUCCGAUACAUAAUAAUUCAGAAGAGUGGUCAUUCAUUACGGCUCGAUAACAGAAGGGGUCGUGCAGGUGAUCGAUAGCCCCAAAGAACAACAAGCGGCCGGUCGAGAUGGACCUUUCGUUGAUUCAAAAGAAAAUUCUGUACGCAGGAAAGGAGUUCCGGCCUAUAAAAGCAGGCACAAAGGUGCACUUUCACUUUGUCACCAAGAGAUGUGACGAUCAAACAGUGCUCGAUGACAGCAGGAAGAUGGGAAAGCCUAUGGAGCUUAUUUUGGGGAAGAAAUUCAAGCUGGAGGUUUGGGAGGCGAUAAUACAGCAAAUGAGCUUGAAUGAAGUUGCACAAUUUACUGUUGAUAAAAGUCUGGUUGCAUCUUAUCCGUUUGUGUCAAAAACCUUGAGGGACUCGUACAAACCAAAAGAGCACAGAAAUCAUCACUGCUGUGGUGUGAGUUUGCAAACCGAGGGAAUCGGAUACGACGACCUGAACUUUCUGAUGAAAGAACCGUGCGAUCUUGAGUAUACAAUGGAACUGCUAAGCGUAGAAGACGACUAUAAAAAGGAAACUUGGCAGUUGAGCGAAAAUGAAAAGGUCGAUUUAGUGCCGCAACUCAAGGAAGAGGGAAACGAGCUGUACAGGAAGGGACUGAAUAAAGAGGCUGCAGACAAGUAUUCUGAAGCCCUUGCCAUACUUGAGCAUCUCAUGUUAAAAGAAAAACCAGGUGACGAGGAGUGGAAUGUCCUAAAUGCCCAAAAACUUCCUCUCCUACUCAAUUUUUCCCAAUGUCGACUCAAUCAGGGAGAAUUUUACACCGUUAUUGAGCAUUGCACAACUGUGCUUGAAAAAGAGCCCGAAAAUGUGAAGGCGCUUUAUAGAAGGGGAAAGGCUCACAUUGGAGCUUGGAAUCCGGCUGAAGCAAGAAAAGACUUGCAAAGAGCAGCUGAACUUCAGCCUAGUUUAGCACAAGCAAUUUCGGUCGACUUGAAAAGUUUGGAAGAGGAAGAAAGAAAACGAGACGCAGAGGACAAAGCUCGAUUCGCUGGCAAAAUGUUUUGAAGAUUUUCUCAUAAGACUAAUUCAAGAUAGAUAUUUUUACUGAAAUCUAUAUUUCUCAAAUUAUAUUUACGCAUGUUAAAUGUUAAAAACUUUGGCUUAUUAAAUAUGCCAAUAGUCACUAAAGGCACUAAAGUAUGGCAAUAAGAUUAAACAACUGACCUUAAUCUUCUGUUUCAUCUUUGUUAGAAAGAUCCAUUUGCAAGACGCUCUUCAUUGAUUUCUUUGCUGGUUGAUCUAAUAAAUUUAAAAACAAAGUAUAAAUG